UUCUUAUAGCCCACGGCCGCUCCCUUCGACUCUGUAGCGAGGGGUGGACGGAGAGAGAUAUGGAAGGCGAUGUGGAGAUGGACGUCGCAGACAACAGUACCAGUAAAGAAGCAGAACUGGACGAUAUGAAUGCGCGUCUGAAGGAGAUGGAAGACGAAGCCGCUGCUCUGCGAGAGAUGCAGGCCAAGGUUGAGAAGGAGAUGAGUUCUGCGCAAGAUUCAGCAACCGCAGCUGCAUCUCAGACAAAUAAAGAGGAGGUUGAUGCUCGUUCAGUAUUUGUUGGCAAUGUGGAUUAUUCUUGUACACCUGAAGAAGUGCAGCAGCAUUUCCAGGCAUGUGGGACCGUUAAUAGGGUCACUAUUCGUACAGACAAGUUUGGACAACCAAAGGGUUAUGCUUAUGUGGAGUUCCUUGAAGUAGAGGCAGUUCAGGAAGCUCUCCUUCUGAAUGAAUCUGAACUUCACGGCCGACAAUUGAAGGUCACUGCUAAGCGGACCAAUGUUCCCGGAAUGAAGCAAUUUCGAGGUCGCAGACCCAAUCCUUAUAUGGGACUUCGAGCUAGGGGGGCAUAUAUGCCAUCUCCUUUUAUGUAUUCUCCUUAUGGAUACGGGAAGGUCCCAAGGUUCCGGGCACCUAUGCGUUAUAACCCUUACUACUGAAGGCUUUCAUUCCAGCAAACUACUGAUUGCUCGAUGAACGUAUCCAGCGAACUAUUUUUUCCUCCUCUUUAUUCUGUUGGAUCAUCAUGUAGCAAUCUAUAUGACAUUGAGGAUUUAGUUGGGGUUGUGAUAAAAUGUUGCAAACUACAAAUUCUUCAUAUUUCAAUUGUGUAUGCCCUUUGUAUUGUUGAUAUUUAUUCUCAGAAGCUUCUGCUGCUGGCAAGCUGCUGUUGCAUUUGCUCUCUAUACAGUAUUCCCAACGCUGUGCCUUUGUAAUGA